GACAGUUGGUUUUGUCCGUUGGUUGGCUCUGGGUUAAGUGUAUAUUCUCUCCAAGACAUUUUUUUGCCAAAUAUCCCUUAAAUUAGUGAAAAAUUAGAUAGUUGGUGCCCCCCAGUCUGUAACUAGGGGUGGAAAGCAGAGGCACGAGCCAUGAGGACAGUAGGGGGUGAUAGUAAAUGAGUGGGAGGAACAGCAGGUUCCACAGAAGAGAGGUGACUUUACCAAUAGGGAUUUGACAGUUGGUUUAGUCCGUUGGUUGGCUCUGGGUUAAGUGUAUAUUCUCUCUGGGGUUAUUUGACAAAUAACAUUUACAACAAUAAAAAAAAAAGGGACCAGGACCUGACAAAGCUCAAGUUUAGGGGACAAUAGAUCUCUGUCUUCCUCUGUAUUAUAUAGGAAAUAUUAAGCGCUAAAUUCAUUAACUUGCCUUUUUAUUCUCUUUUCUAUACAGAUUGCUACAGAGCUUUUCCUGCUUUUUUUGGACUGAUUUUGCUGCUACACCUGCCUGAUAACACCUGGGUUUAUUUUUGGCUUCUCCAUUGUUCAGUCACAUCCAUCUUCAUCUGAACAGUGUAAGAGAGAGCCAGGGGUUCCUUAGGGAGACCCCCUUGGGGUGCCCCGGCCUUGGGCCGCCCCCUAUUUUUUUUUAACAUCAGAGAAUCUUCUUGAAGAGGUUUUCGACGAUGGAGGAGAUAACGAUCAAGACAUCUCUCCUGCCGCUGUACGUCGUCCUGGAGGACUUCAGGGAGGAAGACACCGACUUUAAGGCCCUUGCCUCUUAUUACGAACAUCACUACCGGGUCCACUUCGGCAAGAACGUCGUCCUAGAGGACUUUAUUCUUCGAUAUUUCAGCGACCCGAGGACGACGCACAGAGACAACAUUUACGAGUACUGGGUGAUGAUCGAUUAUCUGGAAGUGCUCGAGAGGGAGUGUAUCGCCCUCUACAGUGAGGAGUUGCUGCCUCCUGAAGCAUCAUCAGAACACUGGAGAUGGGGGCAGCAUUUUGAGUAUCUGCGGCUGCAGAAUACUAUCCAAUGGCACCUUCACCAGCUUGCCAUGACGCUCUGGGAGAGGGAGCAGAAGCUGCAGGAGGCUGCUGGUGAGGAACAAAAGGCAAGUCCUGCAGCUGAGGGAGAGGAGGAAGGAGCUCCUGCAGCAGAGGAGGAGAAGGAAGAGGGAGCUCCUGGAGUACAACAAGCUCCUGCAGAAGAGGUGCAGAAGGAAGAGGGAGCUCCAGGAGAACAGCAAACUCCUGCUGCUGAGGAGAAGAGAGAGCAGGGAGCCCCUGGGGAACAGCAAGCUCCUGUAGCUGAGGAGGAGGAGAAGGAGGAAAGAGCUCCAAAACAACAGCAAGCUCCUGCAGCGGAGGAGGAGAAUGGAGAACAGGGAGCACCUGGGGAACAAAUAGCUCCUACACCGGAGGAGGAGAAAGAAGCGGGAGCUCUUGAUGAACAACAAGCUCCUGCUGCGGAGGAGAAGGAGGAGAGAAAAGAGGGAUCUCCUGGACAAGAGCAAACUCCUGCUGCGGAGGAGGACGAGCAGGGAGAAGAGGGAGCUCCUGGACAACAGCAAGCUCCUGCUGCGGAGGAGGAGGAGAGAGAAGAAGGCUCCCCAGAGGAACAACCAGCUUCUACACCGGAGGAGGAGAAGGAAGAGGGAGCUGAUGGAGAACAGCAAGCUCCUGCAGCGGAGGAGGAAAAGGAAGAUGGAGAUCCAGAACAACAACAACCUCCUGCAGCGGAGGAGGAGAGAGAAGAGGGAGCCCCUGGGGAACAGCGAGCUCCUGUUGCAGAGAAGGAGGAGGGAGAAGAGAGAGCUCCUGAACAACAGCAAGCUCCUGCUGCAGAGGACGAGGAGAGAGAAGAGGGAGCCCCUGGACAAGAGCAAGCUCCUGCUGCUGCCGAGAAGGAGGAAGAGGAGGGAGCCCCUGAGAAACAACAAGCUCCUGCACCGGAGGAGGAGAAAGAAGAGGAAGUAGAUAAAGAUCAAGCUCCUGAGGUGGAAGAGACCACCAAAAAUCCUCCGGUGGUAGAAAGGCCGACCCUCCGAAAACGGGUCAGGAAGGCCAUAAUGAAAAGGCUCCGCAGGGUUUGGCAUUCCACCCAAAGACUCACCUGCUGCCGCCGACCCACCACCACGGCCUGAAUCCUUUCCUUCCAACCUACCUAUCCCGAGAGCGUAUGUCUGUGUGUGUCUGUCUGUUAUGUACAGGAGGGAGAGUAGGGGGUUGUGUACAGGAGGGAGAGUAGGGGG